CAAAUAAAAUAAAAAUUCCGAUACAAUUAAAAAUAUAUCAUUUUACACAUUUAAAAUGGCAACUUUCAUUAUGCGGGGUUAUGUAUUGAUUGUGUUAUCAUGUGUUUUAACAAACAUAAUCAUAUGUACCACUGAAAUAAAGGACACCGACGAACCGACCAAUACAGUGAAAGUAGAGAUACAGUCCAACGAGGUUACAACGAAGUCCAUUGUGACGAGUAAACCAAAACCGCAUUCACGGGCUAUACAACAGUGUCCGGCGGAGGCGGCACUCAAGCCGUGCACAUGUCUUCACCGGCAAAAUCUUGUGGUAUGCGAUGGCGACCACGAGUUUGAAUUGAGCGCUAUUGUGACGGCUCUCACGUCCGCGAAUGGCAGCAAUCACUACAAACUUUUACAUUUUAUGCCCAAUAAGUUGACCGAAAUGAGCGCAAAUACGUUCAAAGAGCUAACGUUUAACGGCAUAUGGCUUAUGGGCGCCCAAAACCUCAAGACAAUACACGAGAACGCGUUCGCCGGCACCGACACUGUCACCACUCAUCUCAUCCUAUCCUACUGUCCAUCACUGGACUCGGCAAAUAUAUUUACCAUCAUUAAUAAGUUUGUUAACAUUAAACUUAUUUCAUUAACUGAAAUGAACAUCGAGUCCAUCCCUGGCCAGGCGUUCGGCCCAUUGAAACAUUUAACUAUGCUUUCAAUAACGGAUACUAAACUAAAAACAAUCGGCGAAAAGGCUUUCCUGGCGUUAAACUCGUUGAAACUAUUGACGUUUAAGGACACGUCGAUCGCACGGAUACCCCGCGAUGUACUCGUAUUUAGCAUUAAUUACGACAUCCCUUUGCACAUAACCCUAAUGGAAAAUCACUUGCUGUCCAGCGCCAGCUUUGAUGCCGAUUCCCUGACCUCAUUGGGCAGACCUACCGGUAUAUCUCUGGUCCCGUACAGCAAAAACCCGUAUCAGUGGAAAUAUUUGAGCGAGGCUAUUUUUAAACCAUUUUUAUCGGUACAGAAGGUUUUGAUGCCGACUCCUUGUCCGCUUUGGGCCGACCAACAGUUAUUACCCUGUAUUCCGUGCCCUCCCGUCCCUAUCAGUGGAAUAGAGAUUGCGUGGGAAAGUAUUGCAAUCAUCGGACUGACGGCCAUACUGUCUGUGUGGCCAUCGGACGGACACGAGUGCCCGUACGGCGAUGUACUCAAGCCGUGCACCUGUUCUGGCGAUGAGGUGUUCCGAUGCGGUGACAAACCGGUGGCCAAUAUGAAGGAGAUAUUUGCCAAAUACGCCAAAACACUAAAAGACGACGACAAGGAGUUGGAGGCCAUUGUGAUAGAGGGUCCGGGCGUUACGGACAUACCGGAGGCGGUGUUCGGCGACAUCUAUUUCAAGCGCAUAUCGAUCCAGAAUUGUCCCAAUUUGAAGACAAUACACAAGAAUGCGUUCGCCGGCACCGACACAUUCACCCAAGAAGUCACCAUCUAUAAUCUGCCCAAAUUGGCCGCCACUCCCGCCGUGUCCUUUGAUUUGGUCAACAAGUUUCAAAAGGUGGCCGUCGUUUGCAUCGGACACAUGGGUCUGAAGGAAAUACCGUCGAUGGCGUUUGCCAAACAGUCCGGAUCAAUUGUAUACCUAGCGAUCAACGGCACAGAGAUCACCAAAAUAGCGGACAAAGCGUUUUACAAUCUAAACGCGUUGACCGAAGUGCACAUCACCGACACAUCCAUCGCACAGAUCCCGAAGAAUGUGUUUGUGUUCAGCAAAAAGUCUGAAAUUCCCAUUGAAAUCUUACUGUACCGGAACCCGAAGCUCACGGCCACGGGUAUGGAUCCGUUGGCCUUCAUGAGUAUUGGCCGCCCGGCGGAGAUUGACUUCUCCGGCGAUCAUAUGGACCACGACAUGGACUUCAAGCAAAUGAAGGUUCUGGAGGAGAAGGUGUUCCACCCGUUCCUAAAGCUGGAUGAGGGCAAUAAGAUUGGUAUGAAAGGACAGCCCUUUGAUUGCGCUGAUUGUCAUAACGCGUGGCUCAAGAAGUCGCCCAAAAUGGCCGAAAGGGUCGACGGCUUGAAGUGUGCGAACGUGGCAUUUUAA